AUGUUCAAUCGACUCCUCUCCAAAGCCUCUCACCCUCCCGCCAACGCACCAUACAACCCAGAUAGUUUCAGAGAUAACAAACUCGCUCCUGGCCACGCCGCUCCUCCCGAUCCCUGGGGUGCUGGUCCCUCUCGACAGCAAUCAGACUAUACCAGCUCUUCUUUUGGUGCUCAGGGUGGGCCGCUGCACUCACAUCCUCCCAGCAACGUUUCUCGCGGAAGAGGCGCUUCCGUCGGCUCCAAAGUCGGAGCUCUCGAAAACAACGUCAUGGCCAGCACCACGGACCGAAGCCGCUUGCGGCGAGAACGAACAUUCGUCGGUAGCGAAUGUGCCGUCUGCGAAGAACCCCUUGAACACACCCUACAGGGCGAGCGCAUCCUUCAAUUCUCUUGCACCCACGUCUCUCACGAAGCCUGUUUCUACGAAUUCAUUCGCGAGGUCGAGUCGCAGUACUGCCCGACAUGCGACUCCCCCCUGCAUCUCGAUACUAGUCGCGGUGGCAAUGUUAUCGACAUCAACAAAAUCAGCAACAUGGUUCGCUCAGCAGGAAGCGACACUCGCUCUACACACACGCCCACUCCCACGUGGGACAGCCAGACCAUGAGACCACCAAGCGUCGACAGUGCACAGCGCCGUCUUCCGCAGCAACAGCAACCGCCGCAGCAACCACAGCCCCAACUGCAGCCAUCUCUCCAGCCACCCACGCCUAGAGACGGUGGCGCUCGUGGCAGCCUGCGUGACAGCCGUGAGAAUCUCUCGGAUCGCUAUGGUCCCUCCAGACACACUCGCAGCGACAGCGACGUUACUGGCAUUACUGGAGUUACUUCCUCUGGCGGUUACCCCGAAACUACCCAAAGCGGUCCUCAAUGGCGCCACGACUACGAUGUUCAGGCGAUGGAGACUUCCCCUGGAAGCCCCCAGCGUGCCAUUACCCGCAACCCUAUACCUUCUCCCAUGGUCACGGUUCGCUCCGAGUUCCCGACAAUCAGCAGGUCGCGUCAGCAACAAACUCUUACCUGUCUCAUCACCAUCGAGGUACCAGACAACAAUUGGAAGCCGGACCCAGAAGAUCUCGGCUCGAAUAGCGUUGCUCGCCAGCCCUCUCUAGGCCGCAUUGAUGACAUUGCUACAUACGCUGCCUCCCCUCAGCAGCCAGCACCCGCGCCCGCACCCAAGUUUUACCCCUACGAGUCGCCAGCUGCUUUGGAGGAAGCCAGGCAGAGCCUCAAUCGUCGAGUGGAGAGUUGGCACGGCCUGGACUUCGAGAGAUUCGGCCAGCUUCGACUCUAUGGUACUCUUCAUGUUGGCAAGGACAAAAAGUCUUGGCAAGAGCUCGAGUGCUUCCUCUUUGGCGAGAUGCUCAUCUGCGUCAAGGAAAAGAAGAUUGCUGGUGCCCCUCCUCAGCCUCAGUGGGAUGAGAACGGCAACCCCCGCAAGACGAGCCGCGUUGCGCUCAAAGGCUCUAUUUUGAUCAAGAAGCACCUACAGGAAGUCGCCGAGACUGGCAAUAUUGACGAAAACAUUCUGACACUGAGCCUCUCGGUCAACGAGUUGCCACAGUUCCAUCUUCGCUUCUCAAACCGCAAUCAGCUCAAGCUGUGGAACCAGGCUUUGCUUGAUCUCAACGCUGUUGAAACUUCACCCAUCCGAAGCCCAGAAUUUGAGCGUGGUGACAUGUCAGAGACUGACGAGGAGGCGGACUGGCAGCGCUCUAGACCUCAGCGAGUCUCCUCUACGACCUCGUCUUGGGGCCCAAAGUCUGUCACUACUGCCCCAACCGAGUACACCAACAAUUUCACGGCCAAGCUCAACCGCAUGUCGGCAUCCAUCCAUGUUCCCAUCGAUGUCGUUGUAGUUGUUCCCAUCUCUUCCUCCAUGCAAGGCGUCAAGAUCAAUCUGGUCCGCGACGCUCUCAAAUUUAUGGUCAACGCUCUGGGAGAGCGUGACCGCAUGGGCCUCGUCACUUUUGGCUCGGGAGGUGGCGGCGUCCCUAUUGUUGGCAUGACGACGAAGGCUUGGCCGGGCUGGGGUAACAUUUUAGGCUCCAUCAAGCCUGUUGGUCAGAAGAGCCAUCGCGCUGACGUGGUCGAGGGUGCUAAUGUCGCCAUGGACCUGCUCAUGCAGCGCAAACACAGUAAUCCUCUUGCCACCAUCAUGCUCAUCAGCGAUGCCUCAACUUCGGAUGCCGACUCGGUCGACUUCGUCAUCUCAAGAGCAGAGGCUGCCAAAAUCACCAUUCACACCUUUGGUCUGGGCAUGACUCACAAGCCCGACACGAUGAUUGAGCUCUCCACCAGAACGAAGGCCUCUUAUACCUACGUCAAGGACUGGAUGAUGCUUCGUGAGUGCCUGGCCGGCUGCCUGGGCUCUAUGCAAGCCUUGUCUCACCAGAAUGUGAAGCUCAAGCUCAAGCUGCCCGAAGGAUCGCCCGCCAAGUUCCACAAGAUCAAUGGCGCGUUGCAGACCACCAAGCGCGCCACUGGCCGCGAUGCUGAGGCUGCGCUUGGAGAUCUGCGCUUCGGUGACAAGCGCGAUAUCCUUGUCCAGCUAGUCAUUGUUCCCGACACUUCCUCCCAGGAACAGCUCCCUCAAGAUGCUUGGGACAACAUUGUCUCCGGGCUGGAAGCACUUGGUGGCGGUGCAGAGAAUGACGGUGAGCGUACACUUUCCGUCGAGGAGGUCCCCUUGAUUCAGGCCGACCUGAGCUGGGGCGACAUUCUUCGCGAAGGCAGUGUCACACAGAUGCCACGCCCAUCGCUCCUGGCCAUCACUAUGCUUCCCUCUUCGGGUCAGAAAAAGGCAUGGGGCAAUUCGCCACCCAUUCCCCCUCAUCCAAGCAUCGUCCAGCGCCGCAUGGAGCUUCUCACUUCAGACAUGCUCUCUCGCGCGCUGACUCUUGUCAGCCGUGGGCAGCACGACCGUGCUUUCACACUACUGAACGAGACUCGCUCUAUUCUGAAGGGCCUCGGCAAGGGUGGGUUGCCACCCGUUCCAGCCCCCAAAUCGACGCCAUCGACGCCUCAUCCUGGCAACGAAGCUUCUCCCAUCCCUGCUGGAACACCCGAUCGCAAACGCAGCCCAUCGCCACCGACCUCUGCGACCUCAUCGGCAGGAAACGGCAGUGUACUCCCAUCGGCACAGAUUCGCAACGCGCGAUCUGGCGAGGGCCUCGCCCUGGGCACUGGCAUCGACCCUCACACGGUAUCAGCGCUCGACGCUGAGCUGGAAAGCAGCCUGGAAUGGAUCAACCAUCCAGCCGUUUUCGGUCGCGACAGCCGCAAGGCUGUCCUGCAGGCCAUUGGUGUCAUUUCCUCGCAACGCGCAUUUACUUUCCGCAGUCCCAUUGAGAGUCUCUGGGCCAACCGCGUGACUGGCAUCAAGCGACUGGCUGACAAGAGCCGCGAGUGGCGCGAAGAAGGCGGCGGCGAAGGUGGCAUCAUGGAGGAAGCAUAA